AUGAGCAUUUCAUGUUCCCUGGCCGUUUUCCUGGUAGUCUACGCGUUGGGCUGCUGGGCUGACGGCACUCAGACGCGGGACAGGCCUUUCAUGUAUGCUGACAGCGUGCCUGCGCUUGCCCCGGGAGAAGUCCGAAGGAACGAAGCAAUGCGCUUUCCAUCGACGCUGGAAACGGAAGUGCGCCAGCGCUAUGUGUUGACGAACAUGCAAAGGGACGUGUACUAUAUUGCUCAUCUUAGCUAUCUCGGUUCCCCAUCUAUCAUGUACAAUCUCCAUCUAACGCGUUUGCCACGUGCCACGGUCGGGGAACUCCAACAGAAGAACCAAGCUGGCCCUGGUCAGCGGCAUCUGUCCGAUGUGAAUCGAAUGUACGUGAAGGCGCGCAAAGAUGUCUUGCUCUUUGAUUUCUUGGGAGGUGAAGGAGAGGUUGACAACGGUGAUCACGACCCAGCAAAUGAUGAUAGCUUUGUACCAGUUCUCGAGGUGCGCGGAUAUCGCAACGGCUUUCCGCACGAACCGGAGAAGUGGAAGGAUUUCCGAUACAACAUCCGAUUGGAUGUCGUUGGAAGGGCCGAUGGCCUCACAAUGGCUAUCAUGUGGAAUGUUGUCACCGUGAUUGUGAUGGGAGUGUUUGUGAUUGGCUUUGCCGCCCCGUGGGUCAUCAGUACCGCUGCCGGGGAUACAACCAAUCAGCGGUCUCGGCGCGACUUCCUCAUAUUUUUUUGGUAG